GCUGUUCUUCCGUCGGACAGUACAAAAUUUAAAGUAUAAACACAGUGAGUGGCUGCUACUCUGCUAGCCAGUGAGGUCCCAAAAUCUAAUAUAGGCAAAGGAAAACAAGGCACUCUACUCAAUAAAGUUUUCGACUUCACGAAUGUAAAGUUGCUCCAUUUUAGAAAUCCAAACUGAACGACAAAAUUGGUGCUUACUUUUGGCAUGUCCCCAUCUUCUUUUCCACAUUUGUGUUGGAAAUUAGAGAGAAAUAUUGAUACGUAUAUUAGACGAAGUGAUGCGGACAGAGUGUGAGAUCACCCCUAGGGUCAAACGCUGCAGUAUCCACCGUCCGAUCACCCAUCCGCCGAAAGACUUUCUCAACUCGCUCCUACAUUCUUGGAAUGAAGAACGAACGCUAAUUAGAGGCUUAUUACCCAGGGGACUGACCGUCUGCCUCUCAGGCUGACCGUCUUCCCCUCCAAGGCUGAGUGAUUUCUUAGCGGCUGAGCGGAUCCUUAGCAGUUCGUUUAGGUGAGUUGAGAUGGGCACUCUGUACAACCUUGCCGCUGAGAACUUAAAGAAUAAUGCCUCAAACACAUUGCAGCACGAGAAAUGUGAAGCUCAUUGGCUUUUCAGUGGUGAAACUGCACUUGGUGAUGCUUUACGUGCCUUUUUGUAUUUCAUGGGUCUUUUCUAUUGUUUCAUUGGCUUGUCAGCCAUUACCUCUUGUUUUUUUCGGUCCAUGGAGAAUGUAGUGAAGCAUACUCGAACAGUGGUGGAGACGGAUCCAAGCACGAACACCAAAGUUGUCAAGAAGGAAAAGGUUUGGAAUUACACAAUUGCUGACAUCACUCUGCUGGCCUUUGGGACUAGCUUUCCACAGAUAUCAUUGGCCACUAUUGAUGCAAUACGAAAUAUUGGACAAUUAUAUGCCGGAGGUUUGGGUCCAGGAACACUUGUUGGUUCUGCAGCUUUUGAUCUGUUUCCUAUACACGCGGUUUGUGUUGUGGUGCCUAAAGCUGGUGAGUUGAAAAAGAUAUCGGAUCUGGGGGUCUGGAUCGUAGAACUUUUCUGGUCCUUCUGGGCUUACAUUUGGCUCUACAUCAUUCUAAUGGUAUGGACUCCAAAUGUUGUCACCUUGUGGGAGUCUUUGUUGACGGUUCUCCAGUUCGGGUUACUUCUGAUACAUGUGUAUGCUCAGGACAAGCGCUGGCCAUAUUUGUCCCUCCCUUUGGAAAGGUCUGAUAGGCCAGAGGAGUGGGUUCCUCCUGUAGAGGGUGCUACACAUGGGCUUACGGUUCAAGAGGAGUGCUCAGAAUCACUCAAUGAUGGAGAUGAUGAAAAUAGGGAAGUUGUUGAUAUUUUUUCCGUCCAUUCAAGGCACAAGACAGGUCAUGCUUAUCAAAUAUUGCCUGGUGCAGAUGUUGCUGAAUCAUCUGCAGAGCUGUACUUCGACAAAACAGCUGUUAAUGAAUCUGAUAUCAUCACAAUCUGGAAGCAACAAUUUCUCGCUGCGCUUUUAGAACAUGCAACAUCCAGGAAACUGGAUAACAUGUGCCUUCGGGCCACACGCUUUUCAUGGAAAAUACUCCAACUACCAUGGCGGCUUCUCUUUGCGUUUAUACCUCCCUGUCAGGCUGCCCAUGGGUGGCCUUCCUUCAUAUGCUCUUUAAUCUUCAUUAGUGGGAUAGCAUAUGUCGUUACACAACUCACAGACCUAAUAAGCUGUGUUACAGGAAUUAGUCCUUAUGUCAUUGCAUUCACAGCAUUGGCGGCUGGAACUUCAUGGCCUGAUCUGGUAGCUAGUAAGAUUGCUGCAGAACGUCAGUUGACUGCUGAUUCAGCCAUUGCUAACAUCACUUGCAGCAAUUCGGUGAACAUCUAUAUAGGCAUUGGCGUUCCGUGGCUGAUUGACACGGUCUACAACUUCUUUGCGUUCAAGGAGCCGUUGUAUAUACAGAAUGCCAGGGGGCUAAGCUUCUCUUUGCUAAUCUUUUUUGCUACUUCAGUUGGGUGCAUUGGCGUGUUGGUGUUUAGGCGAGUCACUUUAGGUGCUGAGCUUGGAGGUCCUAAAUUAUGGGCCUGGGUGACGUGCGUGUAUUUUAUGUUUCUCUGGCUUAUAUUUGUUAUACUGUCUUCUCUAAGAGUUUCUGGCAUUAUAUAAAAAGUUCCAAGUGUGAUAUCAUAGCCACUUUGUUUUUUGGUUAGAGCUUAAUGGCUUAAACGCAGUACUAAAAUUAGGAUCAACAUCAGAUUUAAAUAAGCAUGGAGGUAUACCAUACAGAACCUUCGAUAUCAUGUACAAUAUUGUAUACAAAAUCAAACUAGGGCAUUUUAAUGAAAAAGUACCC